AUGGACGAAUCAUCGCCUAUUUUAUUACCAUUAAAUGAUAGACAUUCAUCAUGGUUAGAAACAGAAGAAAUACCAACAUUUAGUGAACAACAAUGUACACAAUUAAGAACAGAUACUGUAGAAUCAUUUGACCUGUUAUUGACAAGUGUUGUAAAAAUAUUUUGUACAGAUGUUAAACCCAAUUAUAGUGUACCAUGGCAAAUGAAAUCUCCCACAUUCAGUACAUCAUCUGGUUUUGUUAUUCGUAACAAUGCUGAAAAACGUUGGAUAUUGGGUAAUGCGCAUGGUGUAUCGGAUGCAACGAAUAUACUUAUCCGAAAAAAUGGGGAUGUUAAAAAAUAUCUUGCUUGUGUACUACAUAUCAGUCAUGAAGCUGAUUUAGCUUUACUGACUGUUCAUGAUCAAGAAUUUUGGUAUGGUUUACAUGAAUUAAAAUUUGGUGACAUUCCACGAUUACAAGAAGCGGUCAUUGUUAUCGGUUUUCCAACGGGAGGGGAUAAUUUAUGUGUAACCAAAGGUGUUGUAUCACGUGUUGUUGUAUCAACAUAUCAACAAAGUUAUGAAUUGUUAUUACAAAUUCAAAUUGAUGCUGCUAUCAAUAGUGGAAAUUCGGGUGGACCAUGUUUACAAAGCAACAAUUUUGUUGUCGGUGUGGCAUUUCAAAGUAAGAGAGAGAGAAUGUUCACUUUCAUCAUAUUUCCAUUUCUGUUUCUAAUAGGUCGAAAAGAAGCACAAAGUUGUGGUUAUAUUAUACCUGUACCAGUUAUUUUACAUUUUUUGGAUGAAAUUCAAGAGCACGGACGAUAUAUUGGUUAUCCACAAUUGGCACUUCGAUGGUCACCAUUGGAAAAUGAUUAUUUAAAAGAUUAUUUACACAUUCCACGCAAUAAACAUGGAAUACUCGUUAAUUACAUUGACCCAGUGUCGAAUAUUUAUCAAGUAUUAAAAGAAAAUGAUGUGAUAAUAUCGAUUGAUAAUGUACCAAUUGGUGAUGAUGGAACAAUUUAUUUUCGUCGUGGUGAACGAAUUAGUUUUCGCUUCUUGGAAAAAUCAAAAUUUAUUGGUAAUGAACUAUCUUUGUCAAUUAUUCGAAAUGGUCAAGAAAUGAUAGUAAAAACAAUUUUAGAUUAUCAUUCGGAUUUAGUCCCAUAUCAAUUGUACGAUAGUUUACCACAAUAUUUAAUUUUUGGUGGCUUAGUAUUUACACCAUUAACAAAACCGUUUAUCACGUCGAGUGCAGUAUUGGAAGAUUGGUACAAGUAUUCGUAUCCACGAUUUGAAAAUAUAGCAGGUUAUUUGUAUCACGGACGGUUACAACAAUCAAAAUCAGAACAAAUUAUUUUAUUAUGUGAAAUAUUAGUUGAUCAAAUCAAUAAUGGUUACGUAUCAAAAUAUAGUUGUGAACGAUUACGUACUGUGAAUGAUAUUGAAGUUCGAAAUAUGAAAGAAUUAAAUGAUGUCAUAGAAGCGGAAACGAAUCGAGAAGGUGUUAAUUAUUUGAAAUUUAUAUUUGAUUAUAAUAAAAUUAUAGUGCUAUCCAUUAAGGAUGCGAAAGAAGCUGAACAACGAAUUUUAAAACGAAACAAUAUUAGUCAUUCAAAAAGUCAAGACUUAAGACAUUAUUAA